AUGGGGUCUUCCAUCGUCGAUAUUCAACGUGACAUCAUUCUCGGCGCCAUUCGCAAUGUGGUCGGCAACGAGUGGAAAGUUCUCGUGGCCGACGAGGCCAGCCGCAAGCUCAUCAACAGCGCUGUCAAAGACGAGGAAAUUCUCAACCUGAACGUCUCGAACAUCGAACAAAUCGAGAAUCGCCGGCCGCCCAAUCCGGAUAUGAGUGCGCUCUACAUACUCUCGCCGCAGUCAUGGAUCGUUGACUGCCUGAUGGCUGAUUUUGAGGUGGGACGAUAUAAGAAAGCAUACUUGGUUUGGACCUCUUUCCUCGAGCCUCAACAACGCCAGCGCCUCGAUCGAUCGGAAAUGGCCCGCAAAUACAUUGCCGAUUAUCGCAUUCUGAAUAUCGAUUUUUAUCCUCGCGAGUCACACUUGAUCACUUUCCGUGACCCCUGGAGUUUCCCAGUGCUGUACCACCCAGCCUGUAACGGGCUAGUUCGCAAACAUCUGGAGGAAUUGGCCCAAAAGAUCGUUUCUGUGUGCGCAUCCUUGGGCGAGUAUCCCGUGAUCAGGUAUUAUCGGCCACGUGCGCCGACCCAUGAAGCCGGCGUCCUUUGCUCUCACCUAGCUCGGUUCAUUCAAACUGAAUUGGAUCAAUUCGCACAAUUUCAGCGAGAUUUCCCCCCUCAAACCAACCGGCCUCGCGGUGUUUUACUUGUCGUUGACAGGUCUAUGGACGUUUUCGCACCUUUACUCCACGAGUUCACAUACGGUGCGAUGGUUUUCGACCUUCUGCCCGUGAACGACGGUGAAAAAAUCACUUACAAGACGCUGCUGAAUCAGGGAAAACCAAACGAAGAAGUGAAGGAAAUGGUGAUCGGGGAGCACGACAAGGUGUGGGUGGACUAUCGUCACAUGCACAUGAAGGAUGUGCUUGAGAAACUCGGUGACGACUUCGCCAAGUUCAGAGCCGCGAACCCACAAUUUGCCGAGGAGAGUGAAAAAAUCAGCGUGAAUACAAUUCGGGACAUGCUGGUUGGUCUGAAUGAAUUUACAGAGGGUAAAGAUGCGUACACGCUUCAUUUGAAUAUGGCGGAAGAAUGUAUGAAGUUCUUCCAGGAACGCAAACUUAUUGAAGUCAGCUCGAUUGAACAGUCAUUUGCGACUGGCCUUGACGAGAACUUUAAAAAGGCGAAAAAUCUGGCUGCACAACUUGUCCAGUUGCUUGAUGAUGAAGCUGUUAUUCAUCCAGACCGACUGCGAUUGAUUCUGCUAUACAUCAUGUAUCGUGGCGGUCUUCUUGGGGGCGACAUUCGCAAGUUGAUGGCCCAUGCACAAUUGCCCGGACAGAAUGGCCAGAUCAUUGCCAACUUGGAUCUUCUAGGAGUUCGGGUGGAAAAGCCACUCAAGGAUGAUAAGCCAGCCGUCCAGCCUCUGUUCAACCGCAAGCCUCCGCCUCCGGAUGCGGAGGAGCUCAGUUUGGCUCGCUACGAGCUGAAUUUGAAACAGAUGCUGGAGGAGCAAAUUAAAGGCACGUUGGACCCCACGGUCUUCCCCUUCACGCGACCCCACACAGAGACCGACGGUGGCACCGCAACUCAAGAGAUGCUGUCUCAGCAGGCUUCUUUGCGUAGCGCCAAGCCCACUUGGGCACGUACACGAGCUGUGGAUCAGCCACGCCAGCGCAUUAUUGUGUUCAUGGCCGGGGGUGCCACGCAUUCCGAGUCUCGCGCAUGCUAUGAGGUGUCACAAGCUCACAAUCGAGAUGUCUACCUCGUCAGUAGCCACAUGCUUACUCCGGCGCUCUUCCUGCGCCAGAUCGGAGAUCUUAGUGUCGAUAAACGUCGACUGGAUCUCCCUGCGGACCGACCCAAGCCCACGGCCCCGGCCCAUCUUUUUGAGAGGAACGAACCCUCUCCUGCUGCUCCACAGCCUCAAAAGAAGGUCGUGCCACCACCCCAUUUGAACCCUCCCGUGGCUCCCGGGGACAUGAUGGCCAAGAUGUCUCUCAACAGCGAAACAGCACCCCCACAUUCCAACGAUUCACAUAAGAAGGACAAGGACAAAAAGGGGAAGGACAAGAAGGAUAAAGACAAAGGCAAGGAAAGAAAAUAUCGGUUCUUCAAAUGA